AUGGGCAAGGCUAAGAAGUCGCUGAAAGGCACUACAGUCCCCUCGACUUCGAAUGCCCCCCUAAUGAAGGGGGGCAAGAUUUCACUAAAGCUUAAAACUCGAGUUUCUGGCAAAGCUGGUAGUGAAUUCACUUCCAGAAGUGAUGAAAAUAAUCUACAUGUCCUAGAAAGGGUAAAAUGGACCCUGAAAAGGAGCUCCACAUUGAAGAUCUCGCAAGAGAGAACCAUUCCUUCUGGGAAACAGAAGGCACAUGGAAAAGCAAUACCAUCCAUUAAAGAAAAUAAGCAGCUGAAAAAGAAGAAAAGACGCCGCCGUAAACAAAAGAAGAAGAAGCUGCAGAAGAAGCUGCGCAAGAAGCUGAAGAAGCUCUGGGCUCAGUAUGCGCAGCUGCAAAAUCAAAUGAAUGUAUUGUGGAAUCAAUACUAUCAGCGGCAUGGCCCAUUGAAGAGGCAAUUUGGCCUUGCCAAGCAGCUUCCAGUUAAGAGGAAGACACCAUGUGAUGAAGACAAGAAACUGCGGAAGCAGAUAAUCAUAACGGAGUUUGAUCCAGACAUGCACGUGAAAAAGGAGAUGACCAAACCCUUCAUCCAAUGUAGGCAACCGAAAAAAGAGGUGAUCAUGAAAUUGGAUCCAGACAUGAAGCUAAAAGAGGAAGGGACCACACCCUUCGACCAAUACGUGCAACUGAGAAAGGAGGUGACCACACAAUCUGAUCAAGGUGUGCACCUGAAAGAAGAGAUGGACACAGAAUUCCAUCCAGCCAUGAAGAUAAAAGAGGAGGUGAUCACACCCUUUGAUCAAUACAUGCAAAUGAGACAAGGUCUGGUCCCACAAUUUGAUCCAGACAUGAAGCUGAAAGCAGAGGUGAUCAUGCCAUUCCAUCAAGAUAAAUUGGUCAAAGAUGAGGUGACCACAGAAUUUGAUCAGGAGCAGCAGCUACAGAAGCAGUUGUUCACUUUCUGUUAUCAAGACAACUGUGUAAAGGAAGAGAUGAUGACCGUCUGUUACCAAGAAAAACAUCUACAGGACCAGACGGCCACACUGUAUUAUCAAGAUCAAAAGAUCAAAGAAGAGAUGAUUACCCUUUGCUACCAAAAUAUGCAGCUGCAGGACCAAUUUGUCACACCCUACUAUCAAGAAAAGCAGCUUCAGGACCAGAUGGUCACAUUCCUCUAUCAAGACGAAAGGUUGAAACAGGAGAAGCUCACCUUCUGCUACCUCAACCAUCAGGGGAAACAGGAGAGUUUCACCCGCUAUGAUCAACAAGAAGAGAUGCAGGACAAGAUGGACAAGCUCUGGGGCUACAGCAACCAGUAUGCGGAGGAGAUGAGCACUGAGUUAGCUCAGGAACACCAAGCCAUAAUGGCCUCAGACAUCUCCACUAUUGAAUUCAAUAGCCUGUAG